AUGUUCAACAGCAUCUCAAGACCGGAUGCCAUGACCUGGUAUGCAAGGACUCGGUUCUAUCACAUUGUUGAUUUGACAGUCUCGCUGUUGAAUCCGACGGAGCAAGCAGCAAAGAAGGUUCAUCCGCUAUAUCGACUGACGCACGUUCAAUCGACCAACAAAUACCCUUCAAUCGUCGAUUGGAUUCCUUUCCCUUCCAUUCGUGACAAGCUGAUCCUCCUCCAUUCCGGCAACCCUAAUGUCGAUGACAUCUUCUGCGAUGCCGUGAGCGGAUAUGUGGUGCAAACAAACAUGUCAGAGCUUGUCGAAGGUGCUUCUGUACUUCCUGUACACGUUCGUGUUCUCGAUCUUAUAAAAGCAAUGGAUGAGAAAUCCAAGGCAAGUGAUGUCGGAAAAUUACCUGCAUCCAAUGCUCGUGCCAUUUUCGACUCGCCCGCAACUGCGCGCUUAGUUUUCCAAAAGCUGCGCAUGGAUCACGGCGUUUCGCAGUACAUGAUGGACCCUGCAUUUUUCCAAAAGUACCCCGAGCUGUAUGAUCCUGCGGCUAACAUCAUGGCGCACGGGGUGGCUCUUCGACCUCAAAAGCAAGCAGUCUUGUCAAGACCGAAGUCUUUGGAUUCGGUCACAUUAAAGGCGUACAGGGACUUCACGGACUUUUCGUCCGAUCUCAUUUGGAAGUCGUACCAGGACACAUUGUUGAACGGUUGGGUUCCAGAUAUGUCGGGGAUGGGGGCUUUGGAUGAUUGUCAAGUUGUGUUAUAA